GAAGCACGCGUCACUGCCGGAAACCAUAAUAUUCUCGUUCGGCGUUCGUUUGACGACGUCGAAAGUUGUAUACCUGACCGAGGAGAUAGGUGGUUAAGCUUGUGGGAAGAAAACAAAUACCGUUAGCUAAGUAUUUUUUUCACAUCCUCACUCGUCGUCGGUUAACAUCGGAUUGUGAACGCCAGGAACCAUUUUGUCUUCGCUCUGCGUGAGUUGUGUCGUCGGUUAGCCACUUAGCUUUCAAAGCUAAUUCACAACUGCUGUAACCGGCUAAGGAAAUAAUGGGGUCCUCCAAGAAACACAAGGAAAAGGGUCGCGACAAGGAUCCGGAAGACCGCCGUCGCGAACAUAAGAAACAUCGCCACAAGGACCGAGAAAGAGAAGCGUCGGACCGGGACGCAACUCGGGAUAAAGACAAACGAAAACGCUCCAGGUCCCGGGAAAGAACUGGACGGGACCGCAGCAAAGGUGAAAGGAGCGCCGCCGAGCCACGCGUGAAGAAGGAGAAAGUCGAUCUUGCCUAUGAAGAAAGCAAUACAGAAGUGGGGCCUCAGUCUGCAAGCGGAGACGCAUCGCUCAGCAUCGAGGAGACAAACAAGCUCAGAGCCAAGCUGGGUCUGAAGCCUCUGGAAUUAAAUGAGAACAAGAAGGAGCUCGGCACCAAAGAGGAUCCGUUGGUGGCGGAGACCAUCAACCCCGUUCUCAUUAAAAAGCAGAAGGAUAUGAGGGAGAAGCUUGCAGCUAUGAAAGAAAAACGCAUCCAGAACCAGAAACUGGGAAAAGUCAAGGCCAUAGCGGAGGAAGACUGGUUGGAUGAUACCUCUGCUUGGGUUGAGAGAAGCAGAAAUAUGGCAAAAGAAAAGGAACUUGCUGAGAAAAGAGCCAAACUUCUGCAAGAGAUGGACGAGGAAUUCGGUGUCAGCAGUCUGGUGGACGAGGAGUUUGCACAAAGCAAAAAGGAUUCGUACACAGCUCGAGAUCUGAAGGGACUCAAAGUGCAGCACAAGGUAGAUUCCUUCAAUGAGGGCCAGACUGUGAUCCUGACCCUACAAGACAAGGGUGUACUGGAGGAGGAGGAAGAUGUGCUUGUGAACGUGGGAAUGGUGGACAAGGAACAUGCCGAAAAGAACGUGGAGUUAAAAAAGAAAAGGCCUGAAUACAAGCCCUACGAAGAAGAGGAGAGUGUGGAUGACAUGGUUACAGUGAAGCCCAAAUCUGUACUGUCAAAGUAUGACGAGGAAAUUGAGGGUGAAAAGAAAAAGAGUUUCCGGUUGAACACGGGCGGCUUUGCUGACGGGGAGCGAGAACGAGAGAUUCAAGCCAUGAGAGAGGCGCUCCGAAACCAGGCCCAGUCCUUGGAAAUGCCUGCACUUGCUAUCGCCUCCGAGUAUUACACUUCUCACGAAAUGGUGGGCUUUAAAAAGACCAAACCCCGCGUGAGGAAAAUCAGGAAGAAGGAGAAGCACACGGCUGCAGACGAGCUUCGCAUUGAUGACACUCGCAACACUGAUUUUGGCUCCAGGACACGCGGUCGAGGCCGCAAACAGUUGGAGGAAGUCGUCGAGAAAGUUGAGGAGGAGAGCGUUACGCCCUGCAAUAUCCCGCAAAUGUCAGAUGAUGUUCGGAUGGCAGAAAUGGAGAUGAGUGAUGACGAAGACUUCACUGUUCCAGAGUCAACCGCAUUUGAGGAGGAUGAGGCAGAGCAGGAACUGCAGAAACAGCUGGAGAAGCAGAGGAAGCUGAAGCAAAAGCAGCUUCUCAAAGACUCUGGGGAGAAGGUGGCGGAGAAGAUCAAAGAGCUUGAUCAAGGCAGCCAUGAAAAUGAUCCUGAGCAGAAGAACAACAUUGUUUUCAACGCCACCUCAGAGUUUUGCAGAACCCUGGGUGAUAUCCCAACGUAUGGGCUGUCUGGCAACAGAGAGGACCAAGAAGACAUUAUGGACUUUGAGGAGAAAGAAGAGAAAGAUGACGCUGGAGAUUCAGACUCAGAAUUGGAUGAGAAUGUUGGCUGGAGCACAGUUAACCUGGAUGAAGAGCAGAAGCAGCCCGAUUUUGCGACAGCCUGUGCCACCAUUUUGGAUGAAGAGCCCAUUGUCAAGUCUGGUCUUGCUGCUGCUUUGCUGUUGUGCAAAAACAAAGGUUUAUUGGACACUGAAAUGCAGAAGAUAUCCCGUGUCAGAGCAACAAAAGGCGCCUUGCCCAACGAUAACUACUGCAUUGAGGACAAGAUGGGCUUCGAUGACAAGUACAGUCGCAGAGAAGAAUACAGGGGCUUCACUCAAGAUUUCAAGGACAAGGAUGGCUACAAGCCUGAGGUCAAGAUCGAGUAUGUGGAUGAAUCCGGUCGACGGCUCACCCCAAAAGAAGCGUUCCGGCAGCUUUCACAUCGAUUCCAUGGGAAAGGGUCUGGAAAAAUGAAGACUGAGAGGAGGAUGAAAAAGCUGGAGGAAGAAGCGCUGCUGAAGAAGAUGAGCAGCAGUGACACUCCUCUAGGGACGGUGGCUUUGCUCCAAGAGAAGCAAAAGUCUCAGAAAACCCCAUAUAUUGUGCUUAGUGGGAGUGGGAAAAGUAUGAAUGCAAAUACCAUCACUAAAUAAGUCUGGGGGAGUAGUGAAUUAUCUUUAACACAAACAUACACUGACACAUUCAUUGAUACACACAUAUACACACAGGAUGUUUUAAAGUAAAUGCCUACUUCAUACAAGCUUUGUUGUUGUAGUAAAAUUGUCCAAUAAAAUGAACUCAAUUAGA